AUGCGCAGCUACUUGGUAAUGUUCUCCGAAGUCUUCAAUCUUCAGAUCGGCUCUCGAGGAUAUUGCCCCGAUAUCCACGAGGGCAUGUGCCUUGCCCGAGCCCUAAUACGAGGAUUCUUCGUUCUGACUCCGAUACAAUACGGUCCUGUUCCUGCUCCGAUUCACUCACCGGAAAGUCGAGUCAUGCAGCGGGUUCGGUUUUACUCAUAUGUAAAAAGACUGGAAAUCAAUCCUCUAAACGAGAAUGAUCGCUAUGAAUGCAACCAUACUGAUGGAAAUUGGGUAUUUAACCCUUCAAUUAAGCCAUUGUAUACGGACAGGACUUGUUCAUAUAUUGAUAGGGAAUAUGCUUGCGUUAAGAACGGCCGAAACGAUUCAGAUUAUCUAUAUUGGGAAUGGCAGCCUUAUGAGUGUGUCUUGCCAAGGUUUGAUCCCGAGAUUGCACUCAUAAAACUUCAAGGAAAGAGGCUAAUGUUCGUUGGUGAUUCACUACAGAAAAAUCAAUGGCAAUCUUUUGUGUGCUUGGUGGAAUCUAUAAUCCCAAAAGACCAGAAGUCCAUGAAAAAAAUAAGUCGUGGGCAUUCUGUCUUUAAAGCUGAAGAAUACAACGCCAGCAUUGAGUUCUACUGGGCACCAUUCUUGGUGGAAUCUAACACUGACUUUCAUAUCAAAUUCAAUCCAAAUCAGAAAAUCGUUAAAGUUGACUCAAUUACACAACGUGCCCAAAACUGGCUUGGAAUUGAUAUCCUUGUUUUCAAUACUUAUGUUUGGUGGAUGGGCCGACUCAAGAUCAACACACUAUGGGGUGAAUUUCAAAAUGGAGAAGAAGGCUAUGAAGAAUUAGACACACCAGUUUCUUACAGACUAGCUUUGAGGACUUGGGCAAAUUGGAUUGAUUCCACAAUUGAUUCUAAUAAAACCCGAAUUCUUUUUACCACCAUGUCUCCUAGCCACGAAAGAAAUAAAGAUUGGGGGAAUAUAAAUGGGAUCAUGUGCUUCAAUGAAACAAAACCAGUAAUGAAGAGAGGCCACUGGGGAUUUGGUUCAAACAAAGAGAUGAUGAAAGUAGUGGAAAGUGUGAUCAAAAGAAUGAAAGUUCAAGUUACUGUCCUUAAUAUUACACAAUUAUCUGAGUACAGAAUUGAUGCUCAUUCAUCAAUUUAUGGUGAAUCAUAUGGCAAAUUGUUGAGUGAUGAGCAGAAAGCUGACCCUUUGCAUUUUGCGGAUUGUAUACAUUGGUGCUUGCCUGGAGUUCCUGACACUUGGAAUCGAUUACUUUAUGCAUAUCUAUAG